GAAGCAAAAGGUGGCAAAACGGUCUUUGAAAAGAUGUCAUCAGAGAAAGCUUCGAACAACAGCACUGAAGCUUCCGCUGGUCAUCAGAAAUCUGCAACUGGACUUUCAGGAGUGACAGACCAGAGUGAUAAGGUGCCCCUGGAAUUCCAGGAGGUUAUCUCUCUGAAGGAAAGGAUGGCUUUGUAUCAGGCAGCUGUGUCCAAAGUAGAGAUCAGCAACUCCUCUGCUAAUGCUCUUGAGGAAUCAGAGGCUUGCACGAUACCUGGAGGCUUGGCAAGUGUGAAGAACCAAUUUGAGAAAGCAGAAACAAGCUCAUCACAGAAUUCUCAAUACCAGUGUCAGCACAAAUCUGUUCAGAAGGUGACAAGUCGAAGUCAAGCCAAGGUGUCAAGCAGUAGCACAGAGACCAGAGUAAAUGAAAUGACUUCAAAAGCAACUCAGUUGGAAGCCUUUCAGUCAGAACAGGUUUCUCAUCACGAGCAAGUGUCUGUUAAGGCUAAGAAAACGUCUAGUGUCACACAAAAUGCUGAUGAAAAAAUGGUCAAUGCAAGUAUGAAUGAUGAGACACCAAAGAUUUCUGCCCAGUCUUUAAAGCAGCAUUUUGAAAAAACAGCCCAGGGAAAGAUCUUUCAUUCUGGCCGUGAGAGUGGAAUGCCUGUAAAGCCGAUCAAGAUUGGAAAUGAGUGUCAAGAAAUGGCCUGGCCUGCUAGAGCCGUCUCCUCUUCUGCUGAAGCAGCUUCUACAAGUAGACGGCAGGAAAGGCAUACGGCAAGGAAAACAGAGCAUGUCUCUGCUGCCUCAGCUGCUGCCUCCUUCUCUUCUUCUAACUAUGAGAGUACUGAGGAAUUCCCUCCUCCACCAUCUCCAGAUUUACUACAAGUGCCAUCUGAAAUGACAAAAUUUUCCCAGUCCCCUGAACCCUCUCCCUCUCCACCCAAGCAACCAGUUCCUAAAGAUUUAUACUCUAAGCAAAGAAAUCUGUAUGAAUUGAAGCGUUUGUACAAGCAUAUUCAUCCAGAAUUGAGAAAGAAUUUGGAAAAAGAUUACUUCAAUGAUGUUUCAGAGAUAGUUUCUAGUAGCAGCACCGAAAUAGCUAGCUCAGUAGGAGGAGAUGUGCGCCAGGUUCGGUAUGUCUUUGAAAACACAGAAAGCAGCCCUCAGAAGUGCUUGAGCCCAGAAAGGGAAUAUUUGGAAUGGGAUGAAAUCCUAAAGGGUGAGGUCCAGUCAAUGAGGUGGAUCUUUGAGAAUCAGCCCUUGGAUUCAAUCAAAGAUGAAUCCCCAGACCCAGAUAAUGUUAAGAGCAUUGCAGAUCAAGAAAUAAUUGCAGGGGGAGAUGUUAAAUAUACUACCUGGAUGUUUGAAACUCAACCCAUCGAUGCACUGGGUGCACAUUCUUCAGAUAGUGCAGAAAGUGCAGACAAAAUUCCCGAACUGGCUCGGGGAGAUGUCCGCACAGCUGCUUGGAUGUUUGAGACUCAGCCAUUGGACUCAAUGAACAAAAUUCACCACGAGAAAGACCAAGAAUCUGAGGAAAUCUCCAGUGAGGAAAUCACUGGUGGGGAUGUCAAAACAGUGAGAUACAUGUUUGAAACGCAGCAUUUGGAUAGCCUUGGGCAACUUUAUUCAGUGGACGAAGCUACAUUGCUGCAGCUCAGGUCUGAACUGAAAGAGAUUAAAGGGGAUGUGAAAAGAAGCAUAAGGCAUUUUGAGACUCUACCAAUGUAUGUCAUUAGGAACAAUAUGGGCCAAAUGCUAGAGAUUAAAACUGUCCACAGGGAAGAUCUUGAGAAAGGAGAUGUUAGGACAGUACGCUGGAUGUUUGAGACGCAACCUCUAGAUACAAUCAACAAAGACUCCUCGGAAAUCAAAGUUGUCCGUGGAAUCUCCAUGGAAGAAAACAUCAAAGGUGAAGUGGGCAGAGCAAAAUGGUUGUUUGAGACGCAGCCUUUGGAUACUAUUAAAGAGGACUCAGAAGAAUCUGUUGUGGAAAAGGAAACCAUUAUAGGCACUGAUGUGUGCAGAAAGUGUUGGCUGUUUGAAACCCAACCUCUGGAUGCCUUGAAGGAAACUGAAGAUACAGACCCCUUGCCUACAGAGGAAAUAAUAGGAGGGGAUGUAAGCACCACUAAACAUUUAUUUGAAACGUUGCCUAUGGAUAUGCUAAAAGACAGUCCAGAUGUAGGGAAGCUUCAAAAAACAAUUGCCACUGAGGAAGAAAAAGGGGAUGUGAGGCACCAGAAAUGGGUGUUUGAAACUAAGCCUCUCGAACAGAUUAGAGAGGAAAGAAAAGAAUCGAUAAGAACGGUGAAACUGGAAGAAAUUGACAAGGGAGAUGUGCGGAGUUGCAGACAUGCAUUUGAAACAUGUCAUUUCAGCAAAUAUGACGGCUCUCAUAAAAUCCACAUUGAAGGUGUGACGCAAGGAUCAGUAAAAUUAAACAAAGCCCUUUUUGAAACAACUCCGUUGUAUGCCAUCCAGGAUCGCUUUGGGAAAUAUCAUGAAGUCAAAACCAUUCGACAAGAGGAGAUUGUAACAGGAGAUGUCAGGAAUUGUAGGUGGCUCUUUGAAACCAAGCCCAUUGAUCAGUUUGAUGAGAGUAUUGAAAAAAUUGAAAUUAUCAAGGGGAUAUCUUCACAAGAAGUACAGUCCGGUGAUGUGAAAACAGCUAAGUGGCUGUUUGAAACUCAGCCUCUUGACUCCAUUAAAUAUUUCGCUCAUACAGAAGAUGAAGAAAGCAGAGAACAGUCUGAAACAACAGAGGUUGUCAAAGGGGAUGUGAAAAUGUGCAGGUGGCUCUUUGAAACGCAGCCCAUGGAGUCGCUUUAUGACAAAGAGAAGGCAGUGACAGAUAAUGAGGAGAUACAGAGAGGAGAUGUCAAAACUUGUACCUGGCUUUUUGAAACUCAGCCUCUCGAUGCCAUAGGGGAAGAUGCAGACACAGCCGCAAAGCUGCACACUGUGAAGGAGGAAGACAUUCAGGGCAGUGAUGUCUGCACAGCAUGCUUCCUCUUUGAAACCGAAAAGCUAGAAAACAUACAAGGGGAAAACAAAGAAUUCAAGAGAGUUGUGGAAAUUGAUAUCCAGCCCGGUGACGUCUCUACCAUGAAGUAUAAAUUUGAGAACCAAUCAUUAGACUCAAUAAAUUCCAGCUCGGAGGAAAUUUUGCACAAAAUGAAAACCAUACCAAAAGAAGAUAUACAGAAAGGGGAUGUUUUGCAGUGCUGUUGGCUUUUUGAGAACCGGUUUCUAGAUGAAAUAACCGAACACCAAGAGGACAAGACCUCUGUGAAAACUGUUACUGACAUACAGGGUGGAAAUGUGAGAAAAGGCUGCUUCAUCUUUGAGACAUUUUCUCUGGACCAGAUUAAAGAUGAAUCUUCUGUUGACGUAAGCACCAAAAAAACCAUUAAUGAAGAAGAAAUAACAAAGGGAGAUGUGAGCAGCUACAGAAUGCUCUUUGAGACCCAACCGCUUUAUGCAAUUCAGGACCGAGAAGGGCAUUACCAUGAGGUGACCACAGUUAAGAAAGAAGAAGUGAUUCAAGGAGAUGUAUGUGGGACUCGGUGGCUGUUUGAAACAAAGCCAUUGGGAUCAAUAAACAAAUCAGAUAAUGUGUAUGUCAUAAAAUCAGUCACUCAGGAAGAUAUUCAGAAAGGAGAUGUUAGUUCGGUCAGAUACCGGUUUGAAACACAACCACUAGACACUAUUUCUGAUGAAGAAAAAUUUAUUGUUCCCACAGUGGACAGCAUUCAAGGUGGGGAUGUGAAAGCCAACAAGAAAUUAUUUGAGUCUGAAGGAACCCAACAAGGCAUGUAUGUGCGGACAGUGAGUGUCAGUGAAAUACAGAAAGGCAAUGUUAAGACGUCUACCUGGUUGUUUGAAACACACACCAUAGAUGAGAUUAGAGGAAAAGAAUCAGAGUAUAAAGAUGUGAAGACAGUCACAAAGGAAGAUGUGCAACAAGGUGAUGUUCAGCAUGCAGUGUGGCUUUUUGAAAACCAGCCCUUAGACUCCAUUAAGGAAACCGAUGAAGCUGACGCAAAAUUAGAUCAAGAAGAAAUCCCACAGGCAGACGUAAAGACCACCACGUGGCUCUUUGAAACAACGCCUUUCCAUGAAUUCAAUGAAUGUAAGGUUGAAAAGGAAGAAAUCAUAGGAAAAAGUGUGAAAGAAACUUUAAAGGAGCUAUUUUCCCACAAAGUUGUAGAAUCUCCCGGAAUUAUCUUGGAGGCAAAUGAAAUUGGAGAUGUCAGGAUGGCAAUAUAUAAGCUGAUGAAUCAGGAAGCUCCUGAAAUACAAAGAGAAGAGAUUAUUAAAGGAGAUCUAGCCAGCAUCAUGAUGAACUUGCUUUCCAAACCAAGCACUGUUGAAAGGGAGAGUAAAGUAAAUGAAGAUGAAAAGGGCAAUGUAAAUUUGACCAAACAGCAGUUGCUAAAUAGAUCAACAGAUGUUCCCACUGAAAAGGAAGAGAUAGUGAGAGGUGAUAUACAGCAAGCCAUUAAAAAACUGCUUACUAAGGACAGCUCUGUAAAACGUGGAAUUUUAAUUCAGGAAAACGAGAGGGGCGAUAUUAAUAUGACAGUCUAUUCUCUGUUUCACAAAAACAAUAGCAAUGAAAGCAAGCAAGAUGAAAUUAUUGGUGGUGAUGUGAAGCGUACCAUUCACAGCCUUCUCUCUUCUGCAAUGAAUAAUGAAGUCUCAGAAAGACCCAAGUUAGAUGAUUCCGAAAGGGGAAAUGUUCAGUUUUUUACAACAUGCAUAGAAGCUGGAGCUCUGGAUUAUCUGAAACUACUUCAGACAGGGACAGAUGAAACUUUGGCAAGAAGGAAUCAAGAAGAGGAGGAGGAGGAAAUAAUCGGUGGCGAUGUUGAAGGAACAAAGCUUUUGCUUAAGAAAAAGAAGUCCCAGAUUCAACGAACUGUUAAUGAAACUGACAUCAUCCCUGGAGAUGUGUGUAAUGCCGUUAAAAUCUUUAUGACUGAGCCGCAGAAUACAUCUUGUCAUGUAUGCAAAGAAGAAAUUGUAAAAGGUGAUUUGAAGGCAGCUUUAAAUUCCCUCAGUCAGGCCAUAAAUCAAACAACUGUUACAGCAAAGGAAGAAAUUAUAAAAGCGGACAUUCUUGCAAUCCUACAGUCUCUCAAAGAAUCAGCUUAUCGGCUGAAAGCAACAGAAAAACCUGAUGUCAUCCCCGGUGAUAUUAAACAAGCUAUUGAAUCGCUGGAGAAAGCAAGACUUACAAAAAAUGAAGUCUUGAGAGAAGGGGUUGUUCGAAGUGACCUUCAGUCCACACUAUGGUCUUUACAAGCAGCUCAGCAGUCUUUUGUGGAAGUAAAUGAAGAAGAAAUGGCCAGAGAAGAGAUCCUGAGGACCAUAAGAAGAUCUGCAGAUGUCUCCACAGAAGGGGAAACAAGGCAACACCAAGCAGCUGCACAUAGUAAUAUGGAAAGAACCAGCGAGAUCCUCUUGGAGCCACCUCAACAACUAGCCAGACUUGAGUGUCUACAAAAUAAUAUAAAACCUGAUCAGGAACACAGUGAAAGAAGGAAACCUAGAAAGAAUACUAUCCUUACAGAAAACACCAGGGCAACCCAUUUGGAUCAGAACCAGCACAGCAAGGUACAGGAGGCGGCUCAAAAAACUACAAAGGGCUUAUCCAACACCCAGUACAAAGUCACUGAAAAAGCAGAUAAGUCUAUCAAUAAAGACAGAGUGCAGGAUGUAACAAAAGGAAGAGCAAAGAGUCAUACUGAUCAAUCUUAUUUCUCUAGCAAUGUUCAGAAGGAUGAAAGGAGUGAGAAAUCAGAGGUAAGCAGAAUGCUGAGGAAGGACAGUUCAUCCAGUGUUCUACAGUCCACAAAGCAAAUUAGUGGAAGGAAACAGAAUGUACUUCAUGAAUGUAAAAAGGACGAAUAUUUUGACAGGAACCAGCAGGAGAAGAUAAAAGAAAAAUCAACGCUGUCAAUGUGUGAUCACAACUCCGGUCGCAGGGGUGCAGAGCAACCAGUCAACAUGUCAGCCGGCAUGAUCUCCAAAACAGCUGGACAUUUCCAGACACAUGAAUUGCAGCGAGAAAGAAAACAAUCUCAGCAUACAGAGGAGGUUUGCAAAGAGAAGAAAAAUAAUGUUAAGGCAAGCCAGGCUGAGGUUUCCAUGGCAUCAGAACAAAAUUUAAAAACCAAUCAAAAAAUCAGAGUCGCACAGGAAACGCAGAGCCACUUGAAAGAAGCUGAAAAGAAGCAAAAAUAUAAUGUUAUCCAGGAAAAGGAGAAAUCCAUGCUGAGGUUCAGAGGAAAGGCUAAGGUGGAAGCUGCUGAGUCAGACUUCAAGGUUCUGAUGAAAAAUCCCCUGAAUGCAAAAAAGGACCCCAGAGCCCCAGACAGAAACUGCAAGUUCAGGGAAAGGAAACGUGCCUACUUUGUCAAAAGAGAGUUUAUCCAAUGGAGUGCCUGGUUGCCGACAAGCAGACCUUUCAUAAAUCAUGUUUUCGGUGUCACCACUGUGGCAGUAAAUUAAGCUUGGGAAAUUAUGCUUCACUUCAUGGCAAAAUAUAUUGUAAACCGCAUUUUAAGCAACUUUUCAAAUCCAAAGGAAAUUAUGAUGAA